AUGCUUGAAACUCUCGAGAAAAUGUAUCUUCUUCUGCUCUUCCUUCAGAUCUCGGACAUUGUUACUGUGGAAAGAAGAGUGACUUUAUCUAAGGAGGUGAGAAAUGGGUUAGAAUUUUUGAAGCGUAAAAGGCUUCAGCGUGCAAAAUCCGUCACUGCCAGCCAGACAAAUAUUGCUAACAUGAUGAACAGAAGUGGAGGAGAUGCUUUAAGAGCUUCAUCAUCAUGUGGCAUGAGAUUGCAUGGUAAUGCUGAUGUCUUUUCCAAACGCAAGGUGGAAAAGUUUGAUACAAAUGACCUGAACUGGACUGAUACAAUUCCAGAGUGUCCUGUGUAUUCUCCAACAAAAGAGGAAUUUGAGGAUCCUUUGAUUUAUUUGCAAAAGAUAGCUCCAGAAGCUUCUAAAUAUGGUAUUGAGUUUUGCAUGGCAACGUUUUCCAGUGCUUGCACUUUAAAUCUGGCUUUUGGGUGUGUUGGGAGGGAGGGUGUUGAUCACGAGUAUUCUGUAUUAUCUCGUCCUGAAAUCUUUGUUGUGAAUGAGAGGAUUAUCAUUGGUUAUUUGGAAUUUGAUAGUGAAAGUAUAUGCAAGAUUGUUUCUCCUUUGAGUGCUUCAGUACCUGCUGGGGUUGUUUUAAUGAAGGAGAAAGCAGGAUUCAAGUUUACGACUAGAGUGCAGCCUCUUCGCCUUGCUGAAUGGGAUUCUGAAGAUAAAGUCACAUUUUUUAUGAGUGGAAGGUCAGUUUCCCUGCUUAGCAUUGCGUAA